UGCAUACCACCAGCGAUGACAUACAUAGAGUGCAUAAUAUCAGCUCUAGUCAAGAUAAUGUACAUAAAUCUACCUGUUAUAUGCCCAUCAGUCCCAAUAGCAGUCAAGGAAUGGGGGAGGGCCAUAAGAACCAAAUCUUUACAAGUGACCAUGUAAAGUCAAAUAUGCCAGAUAUCAAACUGAAAAGGAAGGAACGUAGCCCUUUGACCAAUGAAAAUAAUGAUAAGAAACAUAAACUUGGUUCUCCAAUCAUGAUGGAGAGCUUGAAUGAAUAUGUACAUGAUACACAUGAAAACACAGCACCAGAUGACAAUGGUUAG